AUGUACUCCAAGGUCCAUGGCAUGAAGUCCACGCAGACGCGAUACAAUCGCAAUCUGCCUAACCUCAAAAGCCACGCCACCCUUGAAGAAACUCUUCAGCGCUACCGCGACAUGGAGGAGGAGGUUGAUCCUGAGAUGAGUGCUUGGCGCAAGGCUCACCGAGCUCGCAUGUACGACUCGGACAGUCUCUACCGCACUGUGAUUCAGGCUCCGAGCUAUCUGUACAAUCCUCUUUCCGAGCAAAUCAGCGGAGACCACUCCAUUCUUUUUACUGAGUCAGCUAUUGGGUCCCUUCAGCCUGCUGACGAGAAGUCUGAAUGCAACGACACCCAGACAUACAUCAAUAAGCAACUCGAGCAGCACCUUUCAGAGACCAGCUUUCACAUUGCUCCUCCACCAGCACCUUCGGAUUCAUCCGUCUACACUACAAUCCUAUUUGACUUCGGUGCUGUGGCUCAGUGCACCAACGACUCUAUCAAGCACAAUUCACCUGGUCUUCUUCAUCUCAGUCCUUUGCUUGCUGCGACCAAGUACAGCAACGAUAUCACCAUCGAUGAAGACAACCAGAGUGAUACCCCUUUGCUGUCUCGCGAUUCUGAUAUGAGCGGUACCUGGAAGUAUUUGGCCAUUGAUGGUAGCGUCUGUGAUAACUACCAGAAAGCCAGAGUCAAUGGUGGUUCGCCACGUUGCAUCUGGGCCUCUCACGAUGACGCUGGCCAGCUUGAUCAGUCCGGUGUUAGCUCCAGUUGUUUUCCCAAGCCCGGUUCUGUGUAUUCCGCUUCUCUCGACGGCCCUGGUGAUGUGAAAGGGAAAUGCAACGAUGGCGACUGUCCUGGAUAUGUUAAAUGGCAAACCAACGACGGUUACCUCUUUGACACUUUCGGAGAAGCCUACGCACAUGGCCUUGUCUCAUCUGAGGUUCGGUUCAACACCCAACGUCCCACAUUUUAUGACGAGAAAGUUUUUGAAUCGGAUGAUGGGACCGACGACUCUGUGAACAUGGAUGAUGAUUAUGAUGAGGAUGAUGAUGAUGAUGAGGAGGAUGAUGAUGAUGAUGAUGCUGCCGAGCCUGCUUGCUCUAAGCUUGAUAGCAGUUCCCAGUUCACUUAUCUGCCUACUAUCACUGUUGACGACCCAAAGGAGCAAUGUGAUGACGACUCAAAUAACAAAUCUGAUAACAAGACUCUCGUCAGAAUUGACUCUCAUGCGAGGGCGGAUGCUCGUGCUAACACUGGCAACCCAGCUUGGACCAACAUUGAUGGUUACGUUUCGCCCGACUACCGGCCCUCUACUCCUGUUGAUCGUCCGAAGAAGCCAUCUGGUGAUGAUCAGGCCCAUGAAUACGAUGAGAAUGUACACGAUCGUAUGAAGAGGCCUACCCAUGGCCGCGUUACCCGAUCUGCCACUUUAUUCCGGCGUGCUGCUGCUUCUCAUCUAAAGGAUGAGAUUGAGGAUGGAAACGGUGAAUGGAGUCUGAAGCAUUAUUCCUACGUUGACUCGGCCUUUGAUUCCCCUGAUCCUCUUGAUGGUGAUGGUUCUCCUGCUAUCCAGGUCUACACUUCUCCUCGUCGUAACUCGAAUAAUGAAGCUGGUGAUAACCACCGCUCCAAGCUCUACUCUGACUUCAGCCUUGACGGUGCUGCUCCUGACUCCUCAUCACGUACUCUCCCAGAAUGUGGCCGAAGGUUCAAAACCCCGGAAGACAUGUACGACUUCUAUGCAAACGACUAUCGGAAGAGCUGCGUCGUGACCCCACUGACCAUUUCACGCAAUGUUUCGGGAAACAUGCCUUCUAAGGUUGAUAUUGAUUCGGUUGGCCAGUCUGCUACUCCUUCGCCAGAGGAGCAUCUGCCGGAUGUUUCUUUCUCUGAUGCUGCUUCUCACACUGGAAAGCCGUCCGCCGAUUCUCCUAUUAGUAGUGAUUCUUCUUUUUCAACUUCUGCUACGUUGAGCACUGGAUCGGCUAUCCCCUCCGAUGGAUGCUGGAUUCCUAUCAUGGACGAUAUUGAGGACAUGCUCAAGAAAGAGCCAACUACUGACUUCAAGUGGUCUACCAACGUCCCUAUUCAAAGCACCAAGGGCCAAACAACGACUUUUCAUGUCCCGGAGGACCCUAAUAAUACAUCUAGCUGUGCUGUUUCUGUUGAAAGUGUCCAAAUCGACACUUUCAACGCCGCUUGCAUUCAUGACUCUGGCAUGGACUUUGACCACGAUGUCUUGCCUACUCGUUACUACAGCAAGGACCUGUUUGGCAACAAAGGCUGGCUUGAUCAGAGUAAAUUCCCAAUUACAAACAAGCGACGACUCAGUUCAGGUCUCAAAAGUCUAGGCCAGACCGUGAAGGCCCACGUGAAAGAUCUGGCAUUAAUAAUGAGUUGGCAGACUGGAGAGUCCAAGCGAGCCCGUAUCACCACAUCCAACGCCAGUAUCGCAAUUGAGGUUACUGCGGCCCUCUCUCUAAGCAUCGAGACACAAGUCAAGCUUUACGCCGAACUCGAGUAUCUGAUUGUCACCACUGCGAACAGAUUCUUGAUGCAUGAAUAUUACGAUGGCAACAUUUCUGAUCUCUCUAUUCGCCGACUAAACAAGGAAUGGAUAUCCAAGAACCGCCCCGGUGUCCCUGAAUUCUGUUUUGAUCAGUCAACUCAACGUGAGCUUAUCUUUGCAAACCGCCAGAGCGUUAAAUUUGGUGGUGGUGCUUGCGCCAAUCCAAUGUUGCUGCACGCAAUCUUCAGCAACUGGAAAUCCGUCUGCGUCGAGACAAAUGUUCGAUCCUUCUGUCUCCCCGAUUCCGCCGUCCGCAAACACUUGCAUGAUAUCGAGGGCAUCCUCGAACUUCUGAAUGCCCCUUCCUCUACCAUGGAGGCGAUGCAGACCCUUGCCAUGCGUACCCGCGAGGAGAUCCUCCAAGUCCGUGCUUCUCGUAUCGGCCGCGGGUCCUUUGGCGCUGGUGAUGCUCCGGACGCAUCCAGCGUUCCAAGUACGCCCAGCACUCCUGUCAUGACUUUGAGUUCCAUCUUGCAUCGUACGAAUACAGCUUCUUCGGGUUCGCGGUCUUCUCGUACUCCCCAGACCCCUCAGUCACGCCGCCGUCAGGGUUCGCGGGGUUCCUUUGCUUCUGAGACCCCUUUGCCUCUUUCACGUGAUGAGGUUGCUGCGUUUGAGCAUGUUGGCCGUCCUGCUGAGCUUUCUCUUGAGCGUAGCCAGUAUCAAAUGGCGUUGCAGGCAAAGUCUUCUCGCUGUGGCGCACUUCCGACUCGUGAGCGUGGCCGUCACUGA